AUGGCGCCCUCCGUCGCCGACCACGACGCGCUGGCCGUGUUCGAGUUCCACGAGUCCCGCGGCGGCGUCCGCGGCCUCGUCGAGUCCGGCGUCACAACUGUGCCGCCACUGUUCCUGGCGCCCGUCGCGCCGGUGUCCUCGGCGGCCGGGAACUUCUCCAUCCCGUCCGUCGACCUCUCCCUCCCGCGCCCGCACGCCGCCGCGCUCGUCCGCGCCGCCGCGCGCUCGUGCGGCAUCUUCCAGGUCACCAACCACGGCGUCCCGGCCGGCACCGUCGAGUCCGCGCUCUCCGAGGUCAGGGCCUUCAACGAGCAGCCCUUCGCGGCGCGGUCGCCGCUCUACUCCGUCACGCCCAUCGGGGCCGUCACCUACGCCACCAUACCUAUCCCGCGGCCCAGGGAUGUCCAGCCCGCCGCAACCACUCCGCCCCUCAUGUCAUGGCGCGACUCGCUCAUCGUCCGCUUCGAUCACCACCCGGGAGGUCCCGACCUCCGCAUCCUCCCUCCAGCGUGCCAGGAGUCCCUGCUGGAGUACCAUCGGUCGGUGACGAGGCUCGGGAAGGAGAUCGCCGGCCUGCUGUCGGAGGGGCUCGGCGUCGAGGCCGAGCGGCUGGAGCCGGUUGAAGGGCACCUGAUGCAGUGCCACUACCACCCGCCGUGCCCUGAACCGGAGCGGGUUUUGGGCAGCCGUGAGCACACCGACGCAAGUUUGUUCACGGUGCUCGCACAGGACGGGGUCGGCGGGCUACAGGUGCGGCUCGACGACGGCGAGUGGGUGGACGUGGCGCCCGCGGCCGGUGCAGUUUUAGUCAACAUCGGGGACGUGCUAAAGGUUGUUUCGAAUGACGCAUACGAAAGCGUGGAGCACAGGGUGGUGAUCAAGUCCGCGAACGAGCCCAGGGUCUCCAUUGCCCUCUUCUUCAACCCUGCCAAUCAUGGCGAGUCUGAUUUCUUCGGUCCUCUCCCGGCGCUGGUGACGCCAGAAAAGCCUGCGCAGUACCGGAGUUUAACCUGGCGGGAGAUGCUGAAUAACAGAAUGGAAUUGGGGCACGCCAAGCCAUCGUCACUUGACCACUUCAAGGUCACUUGA